CCUGUUCCCAGAAGCCCAUCAGAGGAACUGAUCCUAGGCUUGCUGGGUUGUGGACAUCCCUCUGCCCCUCCAUCUGAGCCUCUGUGGACAGGAGGGGCUGGACGAGCAGGCCAGCUGGGCUAUGGUUUGGUGCCUCAGUCUGGCCAUCCUCAGCCUGGUCAUCAGCCAGGGGGCUGACGGUCGAGGGAAGCCUGAGGUGGUGUCAGUGGUAGGCCGGGCUGGGGAGAGCACGGUGCUGGGCUGUGACCUCCUGCCCCCAGCCGGCCGGCCCCCCCUGCAUGUCAUCGAGUGGCUGCGCUUUGGAUUCCUGCUUCCCAUCUUUAUCCAGUUCGGCCUCUAUUCUCCCCGCAUCGACCCUGAUUACGUUGGGCGCGUCCGGCUGGAGAAGGGGGCGUCACUCCAGAUCGAAGGGCUCCGCGCAGAAGACCAGGGCUGGUACGAGUGCCGCGUGCUCUUCCUGGACCAGCACCGCCCGGAGGACGACUUUGCUAACGGCUCCUGGGUGCACCUCACAGUCAAUUCGCCCCCUCAAUUCCAGGAGACUCCUCCCCCGGUGCUGGAAGUGCGGGAACUGGAGCCUGUGACCCUGCGUUGUGUGGCCCGCGGGAGCCCCCAGCCUCGAGUGACUUGGAAGCUCCGCGGACAGGAACUUGGCCACGGCCAGGUGCAGAAUGGGACGCUGUGGAUCCGGCGGGCAGAGCGGGGUAGCUCUGGGGUCUACACCUGCCUGGCCUCCAGCACCGAAGGCAGCGCUACCCACGCCACCCAGCUGCUGGUACAAGGGCCCCCAGUCAUUGUGGUGCCCCCCAAGAACAGCACAGUCAAUGCCUCCCAGGAUGUUUCCUUGGCCUGCCAGGCUGAAGCAUACCCCGGAAACCUCACCUACAGCUGGUUCCAGGACAGCAUCAAUGUCUUCCACAUCAGCCACCUGCAGUCCCGGGUGCGGAUCCUGGUGGAUGGAAGCCUGCGGCUGCAAGCUGCCCAGCCUGACGAUGCUGGCCGCUACACCUGUGUGCCCAGCAAUGGCCUCCUGCACCCGCCUUCAGCCUCUGCCUACCUCACCGUGCUCUACCCCGCCCAGGUGACAUCCAUGCCUCCUGAGACACCCCUGCCUAUAGGCAUGCGGGGGGUGAUCCGGUGUCCUGUUCGUGCCAACCCUCCACUGCUGUUUGUCAGCUGGACCAAGGAUGGCCAGGCCCUGCAGCUGGACAAGUUCCCCGGCUGGUCCCAGGGCACAGAAGGCUCAUUGAUCAUUGCCCUGGGGAACGAGGAUGCCCUGGGAGAAUACUCCUGCACCCCCUACAACAGUCUUGGUACUGCCGGGCCCUCCCCAGUGACCCGUGUGCUGCUCAAGGCUCCCCCAGCUUUUACAGAACAGCCCAAGGAAGAAUAUUUCCAGGAAGUAGGGCGGGAGCUACUCAUCCCCUGCUCUGCCCGAGGAGACCCUCCUCCUAUUAUCUCUUGGGCCAAGGUGGGCCGGGGGCUGCGGGGCCAGGCCCAGCUCAACAGCAACAGCAGCCUGAUUCUGCGGCCACUGACCAAGGAGGCCCAUGGGCGCUGGGCGUGCAGCGCCAGCAAUGCUGUUGCCCAAGUGGCCACCUACACGAAUGUCUACGUGCUGGGCACCAGCCCCCAUGUUGUCACCAAUGUGUCGGUGGUACCUUUGCCCAAGGGUGCCAAUGUCUCCUGGGAGCCUGGCUUUGAUGGUGGCUAUCUGCAGAGAUUCAGUGUCUGGUACACCCCAUUGUCCAAGCGUCCUGACCGAGCCCACCAUGACUGGGUUUCCCUGGCAGUGCCUGUGGGGGCUACUUACCUCCUAGUGCCAGGACUGCAGCCCCACACACAAUAUCAGUUCAGCAUCCUAUCUCAGAACAAGCUGGGGAGUGGGCCCUUCAGUGAGAUCAUCUUAUCUGCCCCGGAAGGGCUUCCUACCACACCAGCUGCUCCCAGGCUUCCUCCAACAGAGAUGCUUCCUCCCCUGUCCCCUCCCCGAGGUCUGGUGGCAGUGAGGACACCGCGGGGGGUGCUCCUGCAUUGGGAACCCCCAGAACUUGUCCCCAAGAGGCUGGAUGGCUACGUACUGGAGGGCAGGCAAGGCACCCAGGGCUGGGAGGUGCUGGACGGUGCUGUGGGAGGCACAGAAAUGCAGCUGCUGGUGCCAGGGCUCAUCAAGGAUGUCCUUUAUGAGUUCCGCCUAGUGGCCUUUGCCGGUAGCUAUGUCAGUGAUCCCAGCAACACGGCCAACGUCUCCACUUCCGGCCUGGAGGUCUACCCCUCGCGCACGCAGCUGCCGGGCCUCCUGCCCCAGCCGGUGCUGGCCGGUGUGGUGGGCGGCUUCUGCUUCCUGGGUGUGGCUGUCCUCGUGAGCAUCCUGGCCGCCUGCUUCAUGAACCGGCGCAGGGCUGCCCGCCGCCGCCGCAAGCGCCUCCGCCAAGAAGCACCUCUUAUCUUCUCUCCGCCUAGGAAGACAGCUCCACACUCUGCUCCGGGCUCGGGCAGUCCUGACAGCGUGGCGAAGCUGAAGCUCCAGGGCUCCCCAGCCCCCAGCCUGCGCCAGAGUCUGCUCUGGGGAGAACCCACUGGACCCCCCAGCCCCCCUCCAGAUCCUCCACCUAGCCGGGGACCCUUACCCCUGGAGCCCAUUUGCCGGGGCCCAGAUGGGCGCUUUGUGAUGGGACCCAAUGUGGGGGCCCCCCAAGAAAGGUCAGGUCCAGAGCGGCCGGAACCUCAGACCUCAGCCCGGCGUCAGGCCCGGUCCUUUGACUGCAGCAGCAGCAGCCCCAGUGGGACCCCUCAGCCCCUCUGCAUUGCAGACAUCAGCCCUGUGGGGUCACCUCUGGCAGCCCCACCCACCCCCCUGCCAGGUCCAGGCCACCUGCUGCAGUACCUGAGCCUGCCCUUCUUUCGGGAGAUGAAUGUGGAUGGGGACUGGCCUCCCCUUGAGGAGCCCAGCCCUGCUCCACCCCCAGAUUACAUAGAUACCCAGCCCUGCCCCACCGCAUCUCUCCUUCGCCCCCUGGACUCUCCACCUGUUCCCCCCAGGGCAGCGCUCCCUGGGGCCCUGGUAGGGGCUGGGGCCACCACAGAGCCCCCUUACACAGCACUGGCCGACUGGACACUGAAGGAGCGGCUGCUGCCAGGCCACCUCCCCACUGCCCCUCGGGGCAGCCUCACAAGCCAGAGCAGCGGGAGGGGCAGUGCUUCUUUCCUGCGGCCCCCCUCCACAGUGCCCUCUGCAGGAGGCAGCUAUCUCAGCCCUGCUCCAGGGGACACCAGCAGCUGGGCCAGUGGCCCUGAGAGGUGGCCCCGAAGGGAGCACGUGGUGACAGUCAGCAAGAGGAGGAACACAUCUGUGGACGAGAACUAUGAAUGGGACUCAGAAUUCCCUGGGGAUAUGGAGCUGCUGGAGACUCUACACCUGGGCUUGGCAGGCUCCCGGCCCCGACCUGAAGCUGAGCCAGAGCUAGGUGGGCGAGCCCUGCAGAAAGGCAGGCACUCCUGGCCUCCCUAUCCAACAUCCACUGAAGCCUCAGAGCUCAGUCUGUUCCCAGUCAGACCCUGGCCCCCACUGGAGCCUAGUCCAGGUUCCCCUGCUCUGGGCUGUGUCUUACUCCCAUGGCUCAUCUACUCUGGAAGGCCCUGGAGAGCUCCAUGUUUGAGCCUUCCACCCUGUGAACCUCAAGCUUUCUCCCUCCUCUCCUCCGGCCCGCCUCUUGCAGGUGCUAAGACCCCAGAGGAGAGCUGCCCCCUGAACCCUGCUCAUGCUCCUGGCCCCGAGGCCCGUUGUGCUGCCCUUCGAGAGGAAUUCCUAGCCUUCCGCCGCCGCCGAGAUGCUACUCGGGCCCGGUUCCCAGUGUAUCGACAUCCAGUCCCCCACCCUGAACAGGCCACUCUGCUGUGAACAGCCCUCAUGGACCCUGCAAAGGAGGCCCCCAAGAGCUAGCUCCAAUCUGGGGCACUACCCCACCGCUCCGGUGCGCAGGCACAGACUGAUGGCGGACUAGGGUGGGAUUUGACAUGGGAGGUAUGUGGUGAUCCCUAGGUGAUGAGUCUGGGGAUCGGAACAGGGAUCUUAGGCCUGUCCGUGUGUGUGUGUGUGUGUGGUGUUGUCUAUGGUGCGGGUGAGGUUUUUUAUAGGUGAAUUUAAAAAAAAUCUGAAAAAAAUGUGUCUGUGUGUUGCCUGGCCUAUUAUCUGAGGGGGAAGUGGGAAAAUGCCUGGACCCUUAAAGAGGAGAGUCUUCCUAAAUGCAUGGAGGUGUAUACAGCAUGCAUUCAAAGAGCAUUUAUUGAGUGCUUACUGAGGUCAACAACUAGGCCCAGCCAUUGAACUAGAGGCUGAGAAAAUACAGAGUUCACUAAGACAUACAUGCCUUUGCCUUUGGGGAGUUCUUCUAGUCAGCGGGGCAGGCAAGUAAAGAAGUAGUUACUAUUUGAUGCGAUAAGUCUUGUGAUACAGUUGUGUGUUGGUUAUUAUGGUAGCACAAAGGAAGAAGUUCAAGUCAACAGUGAGUGCUUACGGCAUGUGCUGGGUGGAACAAAUGCUGCUUUUGAGGGAUAUUUGGGAGGGCUUUUUCAGAGGCAUCCUCACAGAAAAAAAAAAAAAAAAGGUGGUAAUAAUAAUAGCUAAAAUUUGAGCACUCACUAUGUGCCAGGCACUGCUUGCUGUAAGCUCUUUAGCUGCAUGAUUUUGAUUCUCCACAACUCUUUGAGGCAGGUACUACUAUCAGUCCUAUUGUAUAGAUAGAGUGCCUUAGUAAUUUGUCUGAAGUCACACAGCUGGUAAGUGGUAGAGCAGAACGGAAGCCAGUCAAGGAAGAGAAAGUAUUCCAGGCAGAGGAACAGUCUCUGAGUAAAAGCAUAGAGGAGUGAAAACUCGGCCUAUCAGGGAAUCAUUUGGUGGGAGAGGUUAAGAGCUUGACUACCAACUGAAAGAUUGGUGGUUCAAACCUACUCGCAGGCACCUCAGAGGACAGUCCUUGUAAUCUGCUUCUGAAAGGUCACAGCCUGAAAAACCUUAUGGUGCAUAGUUCUCUGCAAAACAAGGAGUCCACCUGAGGGCAACUGGUUCUAGGACUGGGGGAGGAGAUUGAAUGGGAAGGUGGGAGGGGACUGGUUUUUGACGUUCUUGAAACCCAGUCGAAACAGCGACUCUACCAAACAUGAGGAACUCCACGAGUGUAAGCAGGAACCUCACCGUAGGGGGAUUCUUCUCAACUGAAGCCUAAAUGGGGGAGGGUGGACGCUCCUUCCACCCCUAAACUAUGCUGCCUUCGACCGUCAGAUACAGCUUCAGAAGCCACAGGGUCCCUGCCGCCUUCCUCCUCCACUGAGGCCUCUCCUUCAUAUCCCUCCAGGAUUUAAGAACAGAUGUCAGGUCAGGUCAGAGGAGAUGAAAGAGGGAGAGAAAUCGCCGUGAACCUGGGUCCCAACACUGAUCACGCCCUUUGGGCCCCGGGCAGGGAGUGACCUCACUGUUAGUUCCUGCCCAGGCUUGAAGAAGGUGGCGAGCAGGACCACGGGGGGGUGCUGUCCCGGCCUGCGAGCCCCAGUCCCUUUGCCACACCCUAGUUAGUUGCAAGACGCGAGGAAGGGAGGGGAGUCUUCUGUGCCUCCGUUUACCUUGCCAGUCUUUGUAAACCAAGAGGCUUCUUCCCACGUAAACACGCCCCCAGUUUUGAG